AUGAGCGCCUCUACAUCGCAUCCUGAGGACGGCUUCGUCAGGACACCGCUGGAACUGCGCUCAAAAAAAUCUGAAUCUAUCAGCACGUUGAAGGUGUUCAAUUCAGACCGUGUUGCUUCUCCAGUGGAUGUAGAAGAUAUCUUUACCGAUAAGAGCAUUGUGCCUGCUGCCAAGAAAGGCAGACUUCUAUGCAUACCUACCGAUACCGAAAUUUCCCAUCGUAACAAGCACGUCACAGCAUUCGGGGACAAGCCUUCCGAUAACCAGCUCUUAAACGUCCCUGUCUUUGAAUUCAGCGACGAAGACAAGGAUCUUCCAGAGCUUGAAUUGUCAAAGGUUAAGGUUACCACAAAGAUUGACCAGUUUGAUCGCAACGAGAAGCUGACAGGUCUAAAGUCAACAUACGACUUUAACUCCUACACAAUAGAUGUAUCCUCGAAGAAAAGCAAACCAAAAGAUUCAGGCGGAUUCGAUAGCGUCAGAAAACAGCGGCCCAAUGUUUCAGCUACCUCAUCGCCUCAGUCUAAGGUACCCACCUACAAAGUCGGCGACUACAUACCGAGGGCUGUGAGAGAGCAGCUUAAAAGUUCUCAGAAGCCGAGCUCUCCUUCGGUGACUACCCCUGAGGUCAUCACUCCAGUAAUUGAUACUACAGGAGAUACGAGUGAUGCAGUCUCUACUGCGUUAAGUGCCAAUGAACCCGUUGAGUUCACUAUCCAGAACGAAACACAGUUUCAGCAACUCUUUAAGCCUCAGAUUUCUAUGGCGUUUACUACUAAACAACAAGCUUUAUCAAUAUCUACAUCUAAUCUCGAAGCAUCUAACAAGACCAUUAGUAUAUUAACGAACAAUCAUUCAUGUCCGAGUAACAUUUGGACCACCCACCAAGCCAGUGCAUGCCCUGUCAGUUUUUCUGAUGCGCCCAUGUGUAACACAAACGCAUCUAGUGACAAUCAACCACGCCACAUUGAAUUACAGCCCGGGGAUACUGGUUUCAUACUGAGUCAUUAUGCUGCCACUGUACAAUCAGACAAAGCUUAA